CGCGAGUCGCUUUCCGGCAGUGUGGCAUUGCUGGAAGAAGAUGAGGAGGAAGAUGUCUGAAUCUCAUGCCGAGGCGGGAAACGAGAUGCCGAAUAACAAAAAACAGAAAUUAAGCAGCGACGAAAACAGCAACCCCGAUCUGUCCGGAGACGAUAAUGAUGAUGCGAUCAGUGUGGAGAGCGGACCCAACACGGAGCGGCCGGACACUCCGACCAACACUGCUAAUGCCCCGGGCAGGAAGAGCUGGGGCAAGGGCAAGUGGAAGUCCAAGAAAUGCAAAUACUCCUUCAAGUGUGUCAACAGUCUGAGGGAGGAUCACGGGCAGCCGCUGUUCGGGGUUCAGUUUAACUGGCAUAGUAAAGAAGGAGAUCCACUGGUGUUCGCUACUGUCGGGAGCAACCGGGUGACUCUAUACGAGUGUCAUUCUCAAGGAGAGAUUCGUCUCCUGCAGUCGUAUGUGGAUGCUGAUGCUGAUGAGAACUUCUACACCUGCGCCUGGACGUUCGACUCGAGCACCAGUCACCCGUUACUAGCCGUCGCCGGGUCACGCGGGAUCAUCCGCAUCAUCAACCACAUCACCAUGCAGUGCGUCAAGCAUUACGUCGGACACGGGAACGCUAUCAACGAACUCAAGUUUCACCCGCGGGACCCGAACCUGCUGCUGUCCGUCAGUAAAGAUCACGCGCUGCGCCUGUGGAACGUUCAGACAGACACACUGGUGGCCAUCUUUGGUGGAGUCGAAGGCCAUCGGGACGAGGUGUUGAGUGCGGAUUUUGACCUGCUCGGGGAGAAGAUCAUGUCGUGUGGGAUGGACCACUCGCUGAAGCUGUGGAGGAUCGACUCGGAGCGGAUGCUGAAAGCCAUUCGCGGCUCGUACGAGUACAACCCCAGCAAAACCAACCGGCCUUUUGUGUCUCAGAAGAUCCACUUCCCAGACUUCUCGACGCGGGACAUCCACAGGAACUACGUGGACUGUGUGCGCUGGCUCGGAGACCUGAUCCUCUCCAAGUCAUGUGAGAACGCAAUUGUGUGUUGGAAACCUGGGAAAAUGGAAGACGAUAUUGACCAUAUCAAACCGAACGAGUCUAAUGUGACGAUUCUCGGCCGCUUUGAUUACAGUCAGUGUGACAUUUGGUACAUGCGCUUCUCUAUGGACUUCUGGCAGAAGAUGCUUGCUCUGGGAAAUCAAGUCGGGAAGCUGUACGUUUGGGACCUGGAAGUGGAAGAUCCUCAUAAAGCAAAGUGUACGACGCUCACCCUCCCCAAGUGCACCUCUGCGAUCCGGCAGACGAGCUUCAGUCGGGACAGUGGGAUCCUGAUCGCUGUGUGUGACGACGCCUCCAUCUGGCGCUGGGACCGUCUGCGCUGACACACUCCUCACGCAUCACAUGAUGAUCUACUUCUUAUCUCAUUGCUUUUGUUUUUAUCUUGACGUUGCUUUCGUCUUUUGUUUCCUUGUCUGACUUUAAUAAAAUCUAUUUUUCUAAUCUA